AUGAAUGCGACAAAUUUCGCCCAGAAGUUGCUUCAAUCUGCACGCGUUGCUCCAGAGAUCUUUGAGCUACGCUCAGACUACCGCGCCCUUUUGAUGGUUGUCCAAGGAAUCCCACCAGGCCCAAGCGACGAGCACAGCGAAGCCCUACUCCAGGAAGCCGAAAGCACCAUCAAGGGACUUCUUUCCAAGCAACCCGUCACCGAACUCCCUCAUAUCGCCGCAUGGCGAGAAACAUACAAAUCCUUUGGAGCCAAGCCCCAGAAAACACGCAACAGUCUGGAAGCUCUCACGCGGCGGGCGGAGAAUGGUCUUCCUCGCGUCAAUCGUUUGACCGAUAUCUAUAAUGCGAUCUCUGUCAAGUAUCAGAUACCACUGGGUGGCGAGGACCUCGAUAAAUACGAUGGAUCGCCGUUCCUGAUUCGGGCGACCGGCCAGGAACAGUUUGUGAGUUUCUCUAGUGGAGAGCAGAGCGUCGAAUAUGCGGCGCCUGGUGAACCGAUUUGGUGCGACGAUUCGGGCAUUACUUGUCGUCGAUGGAAUUGGCGGCAAGGUCCGCGGACUGCUCUGACUGAUGAAACGACUCGUGUGCUCUUUAUUCUGGACGCGCUGGAGCCGCUUUCGUCUGAUGUUUUGGUGCAAGCUGCGGAGGAGCUUGCUUCAGCCCUGGAAAGCCUUUCGUCGGAGGUCCGAAUUUCACGCCGAAUAAUUGGUGCUGAGAAGACAGCGUAG